CGACGGGGCUCCAUAUGGACUUUCGAAUUCCGUACCUUUAAAAAGCCCGUUUUCUUCAAAUUUCUCACCCGCUCGCUGACCAUCCACAUUCAUGGCCCCAGUUCAAACUCUAGACACCAUCAAAUCUGAGCCCCUCAAUCUGAAGUUGAACGGGUCGCAGUCUAACGGUGCCAAGUAUGAUGUCGUGGAAGACUAUCAAGGAAACUACCGCUUUGCGCCCAUCGAGGAGGCACAAGUCUCCCGUGCGAUGAUCAAAAGGUACUUCGAAAUGAUGUACGACCGUGUCAUCUCCGACGUAGUUAUCGUUGGAGCAGGUAGCUCGGGACUCACCUGCGCGUACAAACUUGCAACCCUACGUCCCGACCUCAAGAUAACCAUUUUGGAGGCAAAUGUCGCUCCUGGAGGUGGCGCAUGGCUCGGUGGCCAGCUCAUGACUCCAAUGGUCAUUCGGAAACCAGCCGACCGAUUUUUGACGGAGAUCGGUGUACCGUUCGAGGACGAGGGACACUAUGUCGUGGUGAGGCAUGCUGCCCUCUUCACUUCGACUUUGAUCUCUCGAGUCCUUGCGUUCGAAAACGUCGUCAUGAUGAACGCAACUGCUGUCGAGGAUCUGAUGAUUCAUGAGGAUUUCAAGGGCCAACAGAGGGUCUCCGGCGUCGUCACCAACUGGACCCUUGUAGCUCUUAAUCAUGACACUCAGUCGUGCAUGGAUCCGAAUACAAUCACUGCUCCCGUCGUAGUUUCUGCUACUGGACAUGAUGGUCCAAUGGGUGCGUUCUCAGCCAAACGGUUGGUCAGCGCAGGACUCCUCAAAGAGUUGGGUAACAUGAGAGGUUUGGACAUGAACCGUUCUGAGCCCGCUAUUGUGAACAACACUCGUGAGGUAGCUCCUGGUCUUAUCAUGACCGGUAUGGAACUGUCGGAACACGACGGCAAAAACAGGAUGGGUCCCACAUUGUGAGUGUUCAGAUAUGUUCUGUGUUACAUCCCUCGCUGACCAAUUGCUUUGCAGUGGUGGUAUGAUCGGAAGUGGUAUCAAGGCAGCCCAUGAAGUACUGCGUGUCCUCGAUUCAUCCCAAAUCGUCGCUGGGAAGAUCGUGGGCUGAUUUGAAUUUUGUGAUGGAGAUAAUUGUGGGGAAAAUGACUUGAUGUAUCACUCUUAUGUAUAUCUGCUUGAACUCCGAAUAUAGCCAAUUUCGAUGAAGCAGG